AUGCCGGCUCUUCUUCUUCUUCGUCUUCGCCUUCUUCUUCUUCUCCUUCUCCUCCUCCUCCUCCUCCCCUACCGCUGUCUCUGGCCGAGAAGGCUGGCCUGUUGGCAGAUCAAGUCGCACGCCCAGCAUCCACCGCAAGCAACCCCCUUUGUCCAAAUGGCCCAAAUUCUGGCACGUGUCUCUAUCCCGGGCCUCUGUCCGGGCCGCACCAUCUGGCGUGUCUGUGUGCCACGACCGCACCAGCCCCACUACCCUCCCUCCGUUCCCCCACACUCCACACCACCGGGAAUAGUAGAAUGGGUCCUCGAACGCUUGCUUCGAUCACGUCGCGCCUUCUACAACAUAUGCUGCUACGCCUGCAUCUUCUAUCUUAAGCCUUGGAAAAAAACGGGCGCCGCCGCAACGGUCAACCCCUCCGCAGAUGAGGCCUCGCCCAACGUUAGCUUUGCCCAGAGUGAGGAGCGUGGUACACGCACUGAGACAGAACGCAUCAAGAUCGAGGGUACCACCCACCACCGCUCCCAACGGACCACGACGACUACUAGCUCCAUCACCUCCAUGCUACAGGAAUCGACCCUGCGGCGAGAGGAUGUGCAAGCCGAGAUCGACGCCGUCCAAGGGCUUUUCGCGCGCGAGGCCACCCUCUUUGCCGAACUUCGAGCCGCUGCCCUAGCCAGCUCCACCUCAUCCACUCGUCGUGAGGAGGAAGAUAUCCUACUCGAGUGCAACACGCUCCGCUCCCACUUGCAAGCCGUCGAUACCAAGCUGGACACCUUGGCAAGCACCGUGGCCCAAGCCUCAAACAGCUCUCCUCACCCCGCGAGCACAUGCUUGUGUGCACUUUGGUGGAUGCUGCCUUUGCUUGCGCUGCUAUUCCUUGUAUGGCACGGCUUCGUGCUGGCCCAGGUGGAUUGCCGCGACGACCUGAGCUGGCUUGACAAUGUAGCCCUCAACGUAACAACGGCUCUCGUCAACGUCGCCACCCACGUCAUGGAUGUCCCUGUCGACGUCAUGUAG